AAAAGGGAGCUCAGCUGUAGACUGCACUCUCAACUUAUCCUGACAUCCUUCACCACAGUCCCAGACUACUAAGAAGAGAAUACUUCCAAAAACCUUCUAGAGAUGGCAAAGGUUUUCAAGAAGACCAGUGGAAAUGGAGGGCUGACCCUCUACCUGGGGAAGAGAGACUAUGUGGAUCAUGUGGACAAAGUGGACAGAGUUGACGGCGUCGUAAAGCUGGACCCAGCAGAUUUCGGAGACAGAAAAGUGUUCGUGCAGCUGGCAUGUGCCUUCCGUUAUGGUAGUGAUGACCUGGAUGUGAUGGGCCUGUGCUUCAGGAAGGACAUCUGGAUGCAGCAAACCCAACUCUAUCCUAAUGGCGAGAAGCCUGCCUUGAGUGCCAUGCACGACACCCUGCUGAAGAAGGCAGGAGACAACGCACACCCUUUCUCUUUUGAGAUUCCAAACAACCUACCCUGCUCAGUCUCUCUGCAGCCUGGACCUGAUGACAAGGGAAAGGCUUGUGGCGUUGACUUUGAGAUCAAAACUUAUCUUGCCAAGGAAAAGAACAACCCCGAUGAAAAGAUUGAAAAGAAGGACACCGCCCGUCUCGUCAUUCGUAAAAUCCAGUACGCCCCGUCUCAGGUGGGCGCCGGGCCCAAGGCUGAUAUCUGCAAAAGCUUCAUGAUGUCUGACAAGCCCGUUCAUCUAGAAGCUUCAAUGGAGAAAGAUCUGUACUUUCAUGGUGAAGCGAUCCCAAUCAAGAUCAAAAUCAAAAACGAGAGCAACAAAACAGUCAAGAAAAUUAAAAUCAGUGUGGACCAAACCACAGACAUCGUCCUCUACUCGGCAGACAAAUACACCAAGUGUGUUCUUAACCAAGAGUUCGGAGAGACGGUGGACUCUAACGGCAGCUUCGACAACACUCUGACCAUCACACCUCUGCUCGCUGAUAACAAGGAGAAAAGAGGUUUGGCGCUGGACGGUCGACUGAAGGACGAGGACACCAACUUGGCCUCCACCACCAUGCUGCGGCAGGGAGUAGAAAAAGAGGUGCUGGGUAUCCUGGUUUCCUACAAGAUUAAAAUUAACCUCAUGGUGGCUGGAGGAGGUCUGCUGGGUGGCCUCACUUCCAGUGAUGUCACAUUGGAGCUCCCACUGAAUCUCAUGCACCCCAAGCCUGAAGAAUAAGGAGUAUACACUGGUUGUCUUAAAUGAAAACACCCCCAUAGUCAAGAGAGGAUGUUACCCUGGACACUGAAAAGAAACCCACAGGAACAAAACAAAAGGAAGUGACAAAAACAAAGAAAAAAGAACACGACUGGUGUCCUCACACCAAGUCGUUACAGAGCAACCGAGGACAUCUACCUUUCAGACACACCGAGGAUAUGCGUACAGAUGUAACAUCAGUCCUCUUGCAGAUUUCGUGGUCAUGUUGAAUAAAUGUAAUUUUAGCCGUAGAGAGAAUGCUUGGAUUGCAUGUUAGUAUCCAACAUUUAGACACCCCAGACUUCUGUAGCAGCAUGUUCUGAUUAUCCUUUGCAUGUUUGCAGGAUGUGAUUGGAAGGCAAUGAACAGAAAAUCAGAGAGAAACCCUCAAAAGCUGAUGUGCUUUUGAUUAUUGUGGUGUGUUCAUUCAUUAUUUUGAAUGAUGUACUUCUCCAUGUGAAAUGUGCUGGAUUAUGGUUUAGACUGGACACAUGAAACAUCCCAAAAUACAAUAAAAUCGCCUGAAAGACA